CUUUAUGACAAAUCUUGUAUUUCUUUUUUUUGGUCGAUCUCUGUAAUCAUUUUGUGAUGAAUUCCUCUGUGGCGAUUUCACUAAGUAAUUUGAAGUAAAUAAACGAAUAUGGAAGUGUUUAACAAGUUCUACUCAUCGGUUAGCAAUACGGUGUCCCAGUUAUCGGGAGUAUUGCCGGGUAAUCCAGUUACGAGAGAGUUCGAAGCGACUCAGUUUAUAGCCAGUGCAGGGCCAGGCUUACUGUGGAAAGUAUAUAAAGGAUUUAAGAAAUCGACAAAACAGGAAGCAUCCAUUUUCGUGUUUGAAAAGAAACAAUUAGAAAGAUGGUCAAAAGCAGACAGAGACAUCAUGAUAGACAUUUUAAAAAGGGGUAUUGUUCAAUUGACAAAAUUACGACACCCUCAAAUACUCACAGUGCAGCACAGCCUGGAAGAAAGCAGAGAAAGUCUUGCGUUUGCCACUGAGCCCGUUUUCGCCAGCUUGGCUAACAUUCUUGGUAAUACUGAAAACAUGCCUCAUCCUUUACCAAACCACAUUGUUCAUUAUAAGCUCUAUGAAGUUGAAAUUAAAUACGGAUUGAUGCAAGUGGCAGAGGGUUUGGCAUUUUUGCACAACGAUGUCAAACUUCUACAUCAUAAUAUCUGUCCUGAAUCUAUAAUAGUCAACCAGCAGGGUGCUUGGAAAAUAUUUGGGUUUGAUUUCUGCAUUGCUAACCAAAGUAUGACAGGUUCGGCCCCCUUUUGGCCAUUUACCGAAUAUUGCCAAGCGAUGCAUGCUCUGACUCAGCCAUCAUUAGAUUUCUUGGCACCAGAAUACAUCUUAUCAGCGACUCAUUCCCCGGCCAGCGAUAUAUAUUCACUCGGCAUGGUGAUAUACUCUUUGCACAGCACAGGACAUAAUACUCUGGGAAACAUUGGCAAUGAAUACAGUAAAUUUAAGAGAUUUGUCAAUGAACUAAAAACUUUAUCACCUUCGAGACUGAUGUGUGUUAACGAGGGCUUGAGGGAGUAUGUGAAAUUGAUGUUGAAUGUCACACCAGAGCUGCGGCCAGAUCCCCAUCAGUUUCUUAAGAUACCAUAUUUCGAAGAUGUGGGUGUAAAAACUCUAAACUAUUUGGAUUCCAUGUUCCAAUGGGAUAAUCUGCAAAAGUCCCAGUUCUACAAGGGCCUGCCACAGAUUAUACAGAAAAUGCCGCACCGUAUUUGCAUUUACCGAAUCCUUCCAUGUCUCACCAAAGAGUUCGUCAAUCCACCGAUGGUACCCUUCGUGUUGCCGAAUGUUUUGCUGAUAGCCGAAAAUUCGUCUAAGGAAGAAUACGUGAAAUAUAUUUUGCCAGUUCUGAAACCGGUCAUGCUGAUUCAGGAUCCAAUACAAAUUUUACUUAUAUUCAUGCAAAAAAUGGAGCUGCUAUUAAAAUUGACGCCAGGGGACGAGGUGAAGACGGAAAUUCUGCCGAUGUUGUACAGGGCUCUGGAAUCGGACGCUCAACAGAUUCAGGAGUUGUGUUUAUCGGUGCUGCCAACGUUCGCCUCGCUGAUCGACUACCCCGCCAUGAAAAAUGCUUUACUGCCUCGUAUCAAGAAGCUAUGUAUGAGCACAAACUAUAUAUCGGUGAGAGUGAACUGCUUGUUAUGUUUGGGCAAGCUGUUGGAACAUUUGGACAAGUGGCUGGUGUUGGAUGAGGUCAUUCCCUUCCUGCCACAGAUACCGUCCCGCGAACCGGCCGUUCUCAUGGGAAUAUUAGGUAUAUAUAAAUUAACGCUAGGUCACAAAAAGCUCGGCAUCACGAAGGAGGUUAUGGCAACCAAAGUCCUGCCGUUCCUCAUACCUCUCUGUGUUGAGAACGGAUUGACACUGAACCAGUUCAAUGCCCUCAUAUCACUCGUGAAGCUCAUGAUAUCUAAGGUAGAAAGCGAACACAGGAGUAAGCUGGAGCAACUCAACUCAAUACAAAAUGAAUCGAAAGUAAUGGAGCACGCAUUGUCCUCACCGGACUCGUUGGUGACAAACACACAACCGGAUAUAGAUCGAAUGUUCUCCGGAUUAGGCAUUGAGUCAUUCUCAUUCAAUAAACCCGAGAAACAUGAACCCGCCAUAACAGUUCCGGAAAGAAGUUCAUUGACUAUUGAAGACAAACAGAGAAUAGCGCAGCAUCAAGAGACAUCUCGUAAGUUUAACAGACAAACUCCCUCAGCGAUUCCAACGCCAUCUAUCGUCCCUCUACCGCAGCCUCCAAAGGCUGUUGACUUAACGAACACACUGUUACAGUCCAAUCUCAACCAAUUGACUACCAAACAGUUUCAAGCCACAAAUAACUCUAAUUCUAUGGCUAGUAUGACAUCCAGUACAGCCAACACGAGCGCCCCAAAUUAUAAUCUCAAUAUAGGAAGUCCCAUAGGAUUCGGCUAUCAGAACCAAUCGAUGCCAUUCGAUAAACAACUGGCGUUACCACCAAGCACGGGUUGGACGAGCACAAACAGCGCUACCAAUACAACGUUCGGAAAUCAAAGUGCCAACUUCAACAACAAAUGGGCGAACAAUCAGAGCAAUCAGAAUAAUAUGAAGCAGGAUUGGUCAGCCUUUGAGUCUCUGUUACCGAGCCAGACUAAAAUAAUUCUAGCAAUAAUAACAAUGUAAAGAAGUUAAGUGACAGCGAAAUGAUGGAUUUGUUGAGUUAAUGUUUACAAUAUUCGUUCAGAAACUAUGAAAGUGCCACUUGUUUGAGAAGGAAUUAGAUUUUUUUUUAACCCGCUGAUAACAUGAUAAGUUGGGGUUAUACAAAAUGAAUUAGUGAAUAGUUGAUACUAUUUAAUUUGAACCAAAUUCUGUAUAAGUCCAUGUUGGCAUUGUCACACUGCAUACUGAAAGUUUACAGUUUAUCAUUCAUAAAUUUUCACACAUUAUUAUUAAUUAUUUGUAUUAACAUGUGUGAAUGGACAGGAAACGCGUAGUAUAAAGUGCCGAUACAAACCUGUGCUAGCUUAGUAAUAUAAUUUUUUUGUAAAACACUGUAUUAUGGACUGAUUUGAAAUUUAUUUAUUUUUAUGAAGUUAUGUUUAGUGAAAUCAUUUGACAUAUCAUGUGUUUAAAUACAACAUCAAGGCGGGGACACAUCAUUUAUAACAUUCCUAUUAGUAUUUUUAUUUAAAUUUUAUUCAGGUCCGAAGCGGACAUACCAAUUUAUGAAAUCAUAAAAUUAAGUUUAGAAAAUAUAUAUUAAUUUAUUUUUGUAUAAUUUGAUAAUAUAAAAUAUUACAAAAAAAAAAAUACUUAAUUAUAAUUUACUAUCAAAAAGUAUUAUUAUAUACAGUCUAAGUUAAGAUACUCGGUUGGCGAUUGUUUUAAUUCGAAUAAAAAACAUAUUACUAUUUAACAUAAAUGCAAAAAUUUCAUGGUAUAAAUGAAUUAUUUUACUUUACUUAUACUAUGUACCAGAAUGGUUACGUUGCACGUCUAUUGUAAGCGAUCUCUUAAAUAAUAAAUACAUUUAAUGGUAA